AUGAUUGUGAAUAUUGGGAAUGAGGGUAUUGGUGCUGGAGAAAGAUACGGAGGGUGGCUUAGGCGAUUUGGAAGCUUCAUUAGGAGGAAGCAAGUUGAUUCUGUUCAUUUCAGGAGUCAUCCUCAAUUGGCUAGGAAGUUAUCUGUUUUUGAUCUUGUUGGAAUUGGGGUUGGAGCUACAAUAGGAGCUGGAGUGUAUAUUCUUAUUGGAACAGUUGCUAGGGAGCAGGCAGGGCCAGCACUUGUAUUAUCAAUCUUAAUUGCAGGAAUAGCCGCCGCACUAUCAGCUUUCUGUUAUGCAGAACUUGCAUGUCGAUGUCCGUCGGCAGGGAGUGCUUAUCAUUAUACCUACAUAUGCAUUGGAGAAGGGGUUGCUUGGUUGGUAGGUUGGUCCCUGAUUCUAGAAUAUACAAUCGGUGCUUCAGCUGUUGCCCGCGGCAUAACCCCAAAUCUGGCCUUGUUUUUUGGUGGUCAAGACAACCUACCUUCAUUUCUGGCUCGUCAUACCUUACCAGGUCUUGGAAUAGUGGUUGAUCCAUGUGCAGCUGUAUUAAUUAUUCUUAUUACCAUCCCCUUGUGCCUUGGAAUCAAGGAGAGUUCAACGGUACAAUCCAUUGCGACAACCAUAAAUGUAUCUGUCAUGCUAUUCAUCAUUACAGUUGGUGGAUAUCUAGGUUUCCAAACCGGAUGGGUUGGUUUUGGUCUCCCGAGCGGGUAUUUUCCUUAUGGAGUGAAUGGGAUGUUUGCUGGGUCUGCAAUCAUUUUCUUUUCAUACAUUGGUUUUGAUACAGUUUCUGGUACAGCUGAGGAGGUCAAAAAUCCUCAAAGAGAUUUGCCAAUUGGCAUAUCAACUUCAUUAGCUAUAUGCUGCAUUCUGUAUAUGCUUGUAUCAGCAGUUAUUGUUGGCUUAGUACCGUAUUAUGCAUUGAACCCUGACACCCCAAUCUCCUCAGCAUUUUCUACCUAUGGGAUGGAAUGGGCAGUGUACAUAAUAACAACCGGAGCUGUCACUGCUCUUUUUUCCAGUUUGUUGGGGUCAGUUCUUCCUCAGCCACGGCUCUUUAUGGCAAUGGCUAGGGAUGGUCUUCUACCCUCCUUCUUCUCAGAUAUCUAUAGGCGCACACAGGUUCCUUUGAAAAGCACUAUUGUCACUGGUCUUUUUGCUGCUGUUCUUGCAUUCUUUAUGGAUGUUUCUCAGUUAGCAGGAAUGGUUAGCGUGGGAACAUUGCUUGCAUUUACCACAGUUCCACUUUCAGUUUUGAUAAUCAGAUAUGUUCCACCUAAUGAAGUUCCAAUUCCAGCUUCACUUCUAACAUCUGUUGAUCCAUUAUUGAACCAAUCUAGUGGUGAUAUAACGACCACGAGUCCUGUAGAUCUUGCUAGUUAUUUUGAUAAUAGUCAUCUACAUGACAAGCCAGACGCCCGGCUUGAACAUCCUUUAAUCAUAAAAGAAGUGACCAAAGAAGAACAGAUUGAGAAUACUAGGAGAAAACAUGCCGCUUGGAGCAUAUCCUUUCUAUGUAUAGGGAUUCUCAUGGUAACCUAUGCAGCUUCAGUCGAAAGGUGUCCCAGGGUUUUGCGCGUAACAUUGUUUGGCGUGGGUGUAAUUGUUCUUUUGUGCAGCAUAAUUGUACUGGCCUGCAUAAAGCAAGACGAUACCCGACACAGCUUUGGACACUCGGGAGGUUUUGCUUGCCCAUUUGUUCCAUUCCUACCAGCUGCCAGCAUUCUUAUAAACACCUACUUACUAAUUGAUCUUGGGGCUGCUACAUGGCUGAGAGUUUCUCUGUGGCUGUUAAUCGGACUACUUAUAUACCUGUUCUACGGACGAACUCACAGUUCACUGUUAAAUGCAAUCUAUGUUCCUUCGGCCCGCGCUGAUGAAAUCCAUCGAUCUCAAGCAAAUCAUUUAGCCUAG